AUGAUUUCGUUACUUAUAUUCCUGUGUAUAGCUGCUUUAUUUAAUACAGUUACAGCUGGAAAACAUGACAUAUAUUCUGGGUAUUCGGUCCAUGGCGUCCAACUUCGUGAUCGUGCAGACCAGAAAGUUCUCUACGAUCUACAAAUAGAACUGGGCGUGGAUGUAUGGGACCAUGGUGCCCCAGGAGUCAAUGACGCUUUGGUGAUGGUCACGCAAGAAAAUGUGGCCGAAUUUCUGGAAAAAUUGGACGAAAAUGGCAUGAAUCAUUACCUCCAAAUAUCUGAUGUGGCCACGGCUUUCGAAAGAUAUGACCGAGAAUUAUCAAGUUGGAAGCAGAGUAGGACGAAUAGGAUGCUAUUUGACAACUACCCUACAUAUGAGGAGGUUGAUGCCUACCUGGAGAGAAUAGCUGCGGAAUAUCCAAAUAUAGUGACUUUGGUGAACGCUGGACCCAGCUUCGAAGGACGACCUGUUAAGUACUUGAAGAUAUCAAGCUCGUACUUCAAUGACACCUACAAACCGGUAUAUUUCCUAGACGCUACGAUGCAUGCGCGUGAGUGGGUGACUCUACCGGUAGCCCUGUACACCAUUCACCGCUUGGUAGAAAAUCCGAGGGACCAGGACAGAGAUCUUUUGGAGAACAUCGACUGGAUCAUUAUGCCCAUUGAAAGGCUAUGGCGUCGUACGCGAUCAUUCAACGCGUCAGUCACAACAGAAUGUUGGGGGGUCGACGCAAACAGAAACUUCGAUGUGAACUUUAACACCAUCGGGGUAUCUAGCGAUUUCUGCUCCAACACAUAUCCUGGACAAGUAGCAUUCUCCGAGCCAGAGACAAGAUACGUUAGAGAUAUUCUACUGGAGAACAUUGACAGGAUCCAAUUGUACCUUAACGUUCACAGUCAUGGCAACUAUGUCCUCUUUGGCUAUGGUAAUGCCACUCUACCAACCAAUGUUGUUCAGUUACAUCACGUGGCAGCGGCUAUGGGAGCAGCUAUCGACGCUAGAAAGCUGCCUCAAGCCCGGUAUUACUUGAUUGGGAACAGUAAUAUGGCACUGUAUGGUAGUUCGGGUAGCGCGCAAGAUUAUGGUCAGCUGGUAGGCGUACCCUUCUCUUAUACUCUGGAGCUGCCUGGUUAUACCUACGGUUUUCUGGUACCCCCUCAGUACAUCAAUCAGAUAAACAUGGAGACAUGGGAGGGUAUAGCGGCUUCGGCUCGCCUCGCCAACUUGUACUAUAGAGCAAGAAACAGCAAUUAAUCCUGAUACUAGAUUAAAAAUGCCAAUACAUUCUUGAUAUAAAAUAAACAUUUAUUACUGUUUU